GUACGAAAGUGAAACCUUGCUUUAAAGUGAUUCCUCUUGAAUGUAUCUUUAUGUUGCGUGUCAUUAUCGACGAAGAAAGCUAAAGUCGACAUGAGUGCGUCUCAUAUUUCUUCAUUUGGACGGAGAAGUCCGAAUCUUGAAGUAAUGGAGGCUAGAGGGCGGGCAAGUUCGGACAGUUUGCUUGACAAGCCAAAAGUGAGUGACAAUGAAACUGACAGUGACAAUGAUGUGUUCAAAAGUCAGGAAAAUGGUGUUUCGAGAAAACGGCGAGGAAAUUCGCUUCUCGCACCCUCACACGACAAGCAUAAAUUAAGGAAAAAGCAUCGCACAGAGCUAAAAAAUAUGGUCGAGAACUGUCAAGGGGAAGUUAACUCCGGCCCUCCAAACUCUAUCCCAUCCAUUGUGGUAGAUAGAAUUAACUCAGAGGAUCACGACUUCCUGUCUACGACAGCGUCCAUCAACAUGACAGGAUCAACAGAACAAGUCAAGCCUGGCACACUCUAUACACCAGGCAUGGAGGAUCGCCUACGCAGAAAACUGAAAUUCUUCUUUAUGGAUCCAUGCGAAAAAUGGAAAGCCAAGCGAAGGUUUCCAUGGAAAUUGGGAUUACAAGUGCUAAAAAUUUUAUUGUUAACAAUCCAGCUGGCCACAUUUGGUUAUGAGAGGUCUAAUUUUGUGGAGUUUGUGGAGCGAAACACAGUGUCUUUUAAACACCUCUUUCUGAAAGGCUGGGACCCCAGCUUUGAGACGAUGCCCUACCCCCCUGCCACAGGGGUUUAUGCCAUCUAUGAGAAAACAGAAGUUAUCAACCAUAUGAACUUUGCCUUACGGCGGUAUGAACAAACACCUUUGAUUGCACUGGGUGGAUUUCGCGUCAUACGUGAUGUCAACGGGUCAGCAUUACCAGUACAGCUGUGUAAGGUGACUUAUGCAGUUGGAACCGUCUACGACAAUAACACAUUCAUCUUCGACUCGGAACUGAAAACAGAGUGUUUCUUUGUGCACAAAGUCGCAGUUUUCAAUUCCACCACAAAUCGUACAGAGAUGGUUUACGAUAUUCAGAAGUUCCUGGAAGAAAAGAACAAAUCCCUGAACUUUGACAGGCUCUUGGAGGUACAGUUGAAGUUUGCCCUGAAGUCUGUGAAUUUAGAAACAUACGCUCAACGUGCCGCACCCGAGUGUUACAAGUUUAAUAUAACUAUAACUUUUGACAACAAUGACCAUGAUGGUCAGAUGUUAGUAGAACUGGAUACUUAUGUCUCAGCGCUUGUCUGUAAAGGGGAGAUCAUUUAUAAAGCCGAUAAUGAUGCACGUCGGCGAGAGCUGACAGCGUUUGACGCUAUGGUGAUGAUGGUCAGUCUGCUGUCCUGUCUGCUCUGUAUUAGGUCAUUAGCCAGGGCACAGAAACUUAAGAUGGAGGUUGCUAGAUACUUCAAAAACAAACACAACAAAACCCUGGGCACAUCCGACAGACUUGAGUUCUGGAACUUUUGGUAUGUGCUGAUCAUAUGUAAUGACAUCCUUACUGUAGUCGGAACCGCGUUCAAGAUACAACUGGAAACUAAGCGUGCACAGAGUUCCUCAGAGAACUAUGACCUGUGCAGUAUGAUGUUAGGAACAGGAAACCUCAUGGCCUGGUUCGGUGUGUUAAGAUAUCUGGGCUUCUUUAAAAAGUAUAAUAUUUUAGUGUUGACAUUAAAAAGGGCAUUUCCCAAUGUGCUGCGGUUCUCUGUCUGUGCUCUGAUGUUGUACUGUGGGUUCCUUUUCUGUGGCUGGGUCGUUCUUGGCCCCUAUCACAUCAAGUUCCGUCACCCAAGCUCUACCUCUGAAUGUCUGUUUUCGCUAAUCAAUGGUGACGACAUGUUUGUAACCUUCUCGGCCACCCAGACCAAUAACAACUACAUAUGGUACUACAGCCAUUACCUCUACAUCUUCAUCAGUCUUUUCAUCUAUGUUGUGCUCAGUCUCUUCAUCGCAGUCAUCAUGGACACCUACGAAACCAUCAAGUACUACUAUGAACACGGUUUCCCCAAGAGUGAGCUUCAUGAGUUUAUGGAUGAAUGUACAGACCCACCCCACUCCCCACUCUACAGACGGGAGACUCGCGGCUGUAAUUUCUUCUCCAUGCUGCCCUGCUGUGGCAGGUCAGAUCCUGACACACCUAAUGAGCGCACCAGGCUGUUACAGUAACAACCCACCUGUUCCCAACUUUUAAUUUUGAUUCACCUGUUCGCAGCUGUUACAGUAACAACUCACCUGGUCCCGACUGUUACAGUAACAAUUCAUGUAUUGUACAGCUCACCUGUUUCCGACUAGAUACAGUAACAGUUCAUGUAUUCCCAACUGUUACAGUAACAACUUACCUGUUCUUGACUGUUACAGUAACAGCCUACAUGUUCCCGACUGUUACAGGAACAACUCAUGCGGACAUGAUGUCACAUUUCAAUUUGCUCAUGUUACACAAUACAAUGGAUUUACCAGUGUUGAAUGAGAUUAAAGAAGUGGUUAUAUAGAUUUGCGUUCCACUGUAUUGUCAGGGUCUCAAAACCAGAAGGUGUGAAUUUUUAGUCAGUUGUGUAUACCCUGUAGACCAGAGCUGCAUAUGCAGACAUGCAGUAAUCAGGUGACAUGCUUAUUAAAAUGUAAAAUAUUUGAACCAGUUAUGUUUAUUUAUUUAUAUGGUUGAUGUUUUACACCGUUCUCAAGAAUAUUUCACUUAUAGCUGUACGAUGGUGGAAAGACACCCAUGAUCAUGUACAGGUUGUUGGCAGUCCUUCCUACAUACAGGUAUGACCGUAGACUAUUACUGUGUCAAGAUCACAGUGGAAGUGGAGUGAUUUUAUAUACAGUCUACUUUGGUUUGUUAUGGAAAGCAAAAACUAGACAGUGUGAAGAAGUGAUCAAACUGUGAGUGGUUCAUGAGGCUUUUCACUUUAGCUGUUGUUCGGUUUGUUCAACGCUCUCAUUCAAGGAGGUAUCAUUUAUGAAUAUAAGAACAUAACAUUGCUGAAUAUGCCAGUCUGUGUAAAGCAGCAGGAGGUGAGCCGUAAGCCAAGACUUGGUUGUUCAACAGACUGCUGGAUUAGAUAUUGAUCAAUGUUCUUUGAAACAAUUUUUUGAUGAAUGUAUGAAUAGCCCGAAUCUCCUAACAAAACCAGACAUACUUGUACUUCUGUGAUUCGUGAAACAAAAUACUCAAAUUGACAUUGAAGAAAAAAUUGAACUUAAGCAUUUUCAUCCGGAAGUCAUGACUACAUUGGUGGUAAGAAACCAUAUUUGUGAUGUUAAGGUGAUAUUUAAAGUCUUAGCAUUUUGUUUGACAUAUUUUUACCAAUAAUCUUGUAAGAUGUAAAUAUAUGAUUAUGUGAAAUGUUCUAAGUAAUGUUAUUCAUACAUACUCA